UAGCACUGAGCCAGCGGAGGCAGGAAAUCGGGGCUGGUCCCGGGCGGCGCGCAGCCCUGUCUCUAUCUCGGCUCUGCUGCGCGUUCACCACCCCACCCCCUGCCCCCGGCCUCGCCAUGGACGCUACGGAGACAGAGCUAACCCCAGCUCCCGAGGGCAGGAAGAGGUACAGUGACAUCUUCCAGAGCCUGGACAACCUCGAGAUAUCAUUGGGGAACGUGGCUUUUGACCCCCUGGUUGGAGACCUUGUACUCAGAGAAGACCUGGAGCCUGAGAAGAUUGCCACAGUCACAGCGGUGAAUGAGGAGUGCAGUGAAGCCAGCUGUUGGAGUGAUCCCUCCCCAGAGGGUCCUGGACCCCUCACAGAGGAAGAACUAGAUUUGCGACUCAUUCGGACCAAAGGCGGUGUGGAUGCUGCCCUGGAGUAUGCCAAGGCAUGGAGCCGAUAUGCCAAGGAGCUGCUGGCCUGGACAGACAAGAGAGCCAACUAUGAGCUCGAGUUUGCUAAGAGUGUCAUGAAGAUCGCUGAGGCCGGCAAGGCGUCCGUUCUCCAGCAGAGCCAAAUGCCACUCCAGUACAUCUACACCUUGUUUCUGGAGCAUGACCUCAGCCUGGGAUCCCUGGCCGUGGAAACGCUGGCCCAGCAGAAGAGAGAUUACCACCAGCCUCUAGCAGCCAAAAGGAUGGAAAUUGAAAAGUGGAGGAAGGAAUUCAAGGAACAGUGGCUGAAGGAGCAGAAACGCAUGAAUGAGGCAGUGCAGGCACUGCGGCGCGCCCAGCUCCAGUACACUCAACGCAGAGAAGACCUGUGGGCACGUUCCCAGGGGUCCCCUGAGGACCCUCCUCCCCAGGCGUCUCCCGGAUCCAGCAAGCAGCAGGAGCGCAGACGGCGCUCCCGAGAGGAGGCACAGGCCAAGGCACAAGAGGCGGAGGCUCUAUACCAGGCCUGUGUUCGGGAGGCCAAUGCACGCCAGCAGGAUCUGGAGACCACCAAGCAGCGCAUAGUGUCACAUGUACGCAAGCUGGUGUUGCAAGGAGACGAAGUGCUUAGGCGGGUGACGCUGGGCCUGUUUGAGCUGCGAGGGGCACAGGCAGAGCGAGGACCUCGUGCCUUCUCUGCUCUGGCUGAGUGCUGUGCACCCUUUGAGCCCGGCCAGCGCUACCAGGAGUUUGUGCGAGCACUGCAGCCUGGGGCUCCGCCACCGCCCUCUCCUGCCUUCUGCUUCCAGGAGUUCACACCUGUGGUGCACAGUUCCCCUCAGGACACAAAAAAGAAGUUUUCAGGGCCCCUACAUGCAAGGCUGGAGGAGGGUUCCUCCGAGCCUGGCCCUUGGGACGAUACCAGCUUAGGCAGCCAGGGGAUGCCAGGCCCUACUCCAGGCAGUGAUGUGGACAGUGUAGGUGGUGGUCAUGAAUCCCAGUCUCUGGAUUCCCCUACUUCCAGCCCAGGCGCUGGCACUCGGAGGCUUGUGAAGGCAUCAUCUACAGGCACUGAGUCCUCUGAUGACUUUGAGGAGCGAGACCCUGACCUGGGGGACGGGAUGGAGAAUGGACUAGGCAGCCCCUUCAGGAAGUGGACACUGUCCACAGCCGCUCAGACCCACCGGCUACGGCGGCUGCGUGGCCCAGCCAAGUGCAGAGAAUGUGAAGCCUUCAUGGUCAGCGGGACAGAGUGUGAAGAGUGCUUUUUGACCUGUCACAAGCGCUGCCUGGAGACCCUCCUCAUCCUUUGUGGACAUCGGCGGCUUCCAGCCCGGAUGCCUCUCUUUGGGGUUGACUUCCUACAACUCCCCAGAGAUUUCCCUGAGGAGGUGCCCUUUGUGGUCACCCGAUGCACAGCUGAGAUAGAGCACCGUGCCCUUGGCCUACAGGGUAUCUAUCGGGUCAGUGGGUCUCGAGUGCGUGUGGAGCGGCUCUGCCAGGCCUUUGAGAAUGGCCGAGCACUGGUUGAACUGUCCGGAAACUCUCCUCAUGAUAUCACCAGUGUCCUCAAGCGAUUUCUUCAGGAGCUCACUGACCCCGUGGUCCCCUUCCACUUCUACGACGCCUUCAUCUCUCUGGCAAAGACCCUGCAUGCAGACCCUGGGGACAGCCCUGGGACCCUCAGCCCCAGCCCUGAGGUUAUCCACUCGCUGAAGACCCUCCUGGUGCAGCUGCCUGACUCUAACUACAGCACCCUGCGGCACCUGGUGGCCCAUCUGUUCAGGGUGGCAGCUCGGUUUGAAGAAAACAAGAUGUCUGCCAACAACUUGGGAAUUGUGUUUGGGCCUACGCUGCUGCGGCCACCAGAUGGACCCAGGGCCCCCAGUGCCAGUCCCAUGGCCUGUCUUCUGGACUCCAGUCACCAGGCUCAGCUUGUUGAGUUCCUCAUUGUGCACUAUGAGCAGAUCUUUGGAGUGGAUGAGCUCCCUCUGGCCUCUGAGCCCCUGACCCAAGACCCUGGCCUGGCUCUUGCACUCCUCGAAUCCAGUCCCCAGCACCCAGCCUCACUUCUUGCCCAAGACACACAGCCCCUGACCAUAGCCUCAGACUCCAGCCCAGACCCCAAACACCACAGUGCCCUGGAGAAGUGUCCCGAGGUCACACCUCCUGAGAUUGCAACUCUGCAGAGGGACCAAAGGGAGGAGAAGGAGGUGGAAAGCACCGGAGAUGGGGCAGGGGAAGGGUCCACCCACAACCCUGAGGACUUGCUCCUGGGAACACAAUCUCGGGGCCACUUCAGCCGCCAGCCAGUGAAGUAUUCCCGGGGGGGUGUACGACCAGUCACUCAUCAACUGUCCAGCUUGGCUCUGGUGGCUUCCAAGCUGUGUGAGGAGACUCCUGUCACUGUCUCAACAGUGCACAGAGGUAGUUUGAGGGGACGAAGCCUGGGCCCUGCUGGUGCCUCCCCUGAAGGCAGCCCCCUGCGCCGGAACCCUCUGCCCAAGCACUUUGAGAUCACCCAGGAGACGGCCCGGCUACUCUCCAAGCUGGACAGUGAGUCUGUGUCCAGGGCCACUUGUUGUGCUGAUGCUGAGCCUGAGGAAUCUGAGGAGCAUCUCUGAUCACCCACCAUCCUGUGGGACCCAGGACUGAGUUGAUGGCCCUAUAUAUCUACCGACCUGCCCCACCUGGUGACCAAACCAAGUCAGUGGAUGUGGGGAGGGAUGAGGUUACCAGAGUUGAGUAAGGAAGACCACCCAUCUUGGGGAAAUCCUAAGACACUUGGUUGCUGUCUCAACAUCUCCCUGCUAGAGGAGGUUAAAACAGCAAGGCAACACAGGCACACAGGUGAUUCAGGAUCAAUACUCAAUGGUCAACACAGGUCCAAAGAUCCUUGGGGUCUGCUCCAGUCUCUGACCUCUGAGACAGAUGUCUGACCACUUUGAUCAUAAUGGCUCCUGGCCCUGCUGCCUCUUGCCUCCUUGACAGAUUCCAGGUGGGUGGGUGGGUGUGGCUCAGCCCUGUCACCUUCUGUUACGUCUUUCUUUCAUUGUUGAGACACUGUCUUGUGUAGCUCUGGCUGGUCUGGAACUCCCUAUGUUAACCAGAUUGUUAUAGAACUCAUAGAAAUACUCUGCCUCCCAAGUGCUGGCCAAGUCAGGAUUCUUACAACAAACCCAUAUCCUGCCGCGGGUGAGAUACCUGAGCAAAUGGUGCUUGUUACAAAACCUCACCCAUCUUAGCUGGAUCUUCCAGUCCCACAUGGUGGAAGGAGGGAGCCAGUUACUGCAAAAUGUCUGACCUCUACACAUAAACAGGCACAUGCACAAAUAAAAUUAAUUUUUUUUUUUUUUUCGUUUUUCGAGACAGGGUUUCUCUGUGUAGCUUUGCGCCUUUCCUGGGACUCGCUUGGUAGCCCAGGCUGGCCUCGAACUCACAGAGAUCCACCUGGCUCUGCCUCCCGAGUGCUGGGAUUAAAGGCGUGCGCCACCACCGCCCGGCUUAAAAUUAAAUUUUAAUUAAAAAAAAAAAGUCCACUGUUCAGUGGUGGCACAUGCCUUUGAUCCCAGCACUCAGGAGGCAGAGGCAGGCGGAUCUCUGAGUUCAAGGCCAGCCUGGUCUGU